AUGGGUGGGUCAAAGAUGAUACCAGAGAUACUCCAUGGCGCCAAACCACCUCCAAAGUUAUUAUGGAGUCCCAUGAUAGAGAGACCAGAAGAUGAGGCGGCCAGAAAGGCUCAAAUGAAAACACCAAAGGACUCUUUCCACCAGGUUUCUCCUGAAACUUACCCAUGUAGUCCUUUCAAAUAUAGAACCAAAGUCUACAAGUUUGAUCCUGGUCUCAUCCCACCUACUAUUGUAGAGCAACCUGAUACAGCCAACUUGAAGAAGCAAUGCCCAUAUCAAAAGAAAAUGGAAAAGGCAAAAUCCAAAUCUAUAAGGAAAAAGUCUCAGUUUUUACUUUCCAAGUUUAUCAAGUCAGCAGUUCUUAAAAGAAAAGAUAUUUAUGUUUGGAAUGAAACGUUUAAACCAGAAAGGAUCAAGGUUCUCAUAAAGUCCUUGGCGUCUCCUGUGGAACUUGAACAACUCUAUGCAGCUCAGGCUCUUGGACACCUUGGGGUUUCUGAAGAAUCUGUUAUAUCUGCACUUCGUAAUAUUGUUCAAGAAUGUGACGAUACCCCUUUGCAGUAUGAGGCAGCCCGAUCUCUGGCUUUGCUUGGUUGCCUGGAGACUUGUGUAAUGAAAGUGCUAAUUCGACACCUGAAAGUAGCAAGCCUGAAUCGGAGAGAAGACACACUGGCUGCUCUAAAAGUUGUUUUGCAAGCAUGGUCAACAACACCCUCCUUUGAGUAUUACUGCAUUGGGGCUCGGUCCAGUUUAACUCGAAAUCUGAAACGUUUGGUGAAUUUGCAGGAACCCUUGGACAACAUCACCUUCAAUGCAGCUCUUUGCUUGGGGUACCUGGACAAGUCCAAUCCAAUUGCCCAAGAGACAAUGUUCAUGUCUUUGACCCAUGUAGAGAGAAAGAAAAGGUUUCAGGCUUUGAUUAUGCUGGUAAAGCACAUGGGCAUAAUGAAUGCGAUCGUUAUCCGGAAGGUCUUAGACCACCUAGAAUGUUCCCCUGUGUACAAGCAUCGUGCUGAUGCCACAGACUUGUUAACCACCAUAGGCCUUGAAAUAAUUCAACAGGAGGAACUAGAGGAGGAUGUUUUUAAUGUGCUGCUCAAGAAGGUAUCUGAUGAGCCUUUCCUGAUAGUCCGGCAGAAAAUUGCUUUGGCUAUUGAAGAACUCAAAAUGAAAAUGCGAGUUUGGGAAAUAGUGGAAAGGCAGCUAAAGGAUGAGGAUGAUGUGAUCCGGAAACAGGCGGUGAUUACGUUAGGUGUUCUUGGUAUCCGCCACACAAAUGUGUUCUCUGCCUUGAUGGAGAUGUUAGAACUGGACACCAAUGAAGCAGUUCGUAUCCAGGUUAUCAGAGCCUUUUCCACUCUGGGAAUUGAUAAUGUAAAUGUAAGGAAGAUCCUCACGAAGAAAAAACAAGGAGGAGGAAUUCUGGGCAGGGAAUCUAGCAAAGCCUUGGAGAUACUUGACCGACGCGCAGAAAUUCAGAAAGAGUUGAUGGUCCACUCGUUUAUAAUCCAAUGA